CCGAAGGAUACAGACAAGACCUGGAUUCACCAUUCACCAUUCAAGCGAAGAUUUAGUGGUUCAACCCUGUCAGCAUCAGGCAGAAAUAUCCAGGGCAACCACAGCUGAAGAUCAAACAACGUGUCUCACCAAGCCUCAUGUGUGUCUUCAAGGAACAUCCAUUCAACCCCAGCUAUGGUUUCUCUUCGUAUCGAAUAUAAAUUUGCCCCUCCACGUUUUGACUGAGCAUGAUUUUCUUUUUAUUCGCAUUCUGUGUCUUGAUACAUUUCACACCGUUGACAUUGACCCAACUACUUCCCGGACAUCAGUACGAAUACGACGACCUUUUCAAAUUCAACAUGGGCGGCGGACACGGGAUUCGGUCUGUUGUCUACUACGUCAAUUGGGCACCGUACGGCCGAAACCAUCAUCCACAAGAUCUGCCUGGAGAGAACCUCACUCACGUUCUGUAUUCAUUUGCCAAUGUGAGACCCGAGACGGGAGAAGUGUAUCUCACAGAUCCGUGGUCGGAUACAGACAAGCACUACGACGGCGAUAGUUGGAACGACAUCGGCACGAACGUGUAUGGUUGUGUGAAGCAAUUGUUCCUCCAGAAGAAAAGAAAUCGCAAUCUAAAAGUCUUGCUGAGUAUCGGUGGAUGGACAUAUUCUUCCAACUUUGCCCAGCCCGCCAGCACCGACAGUGGCAGGAAGAGGUUUGCACAGAGCGCGUUACAACUCCUCGAAGAUCUUGGCUUCGAUGGCAUCGACAUCGAUUGGGAGUAUCCGCAAGACCGUGCCCAGGCAGAAGAUUUUGUCAAGUUGUUGUCUGAGACGAGGGGCGCACUCGAUGCUGCUGCCUCCAAACGUCACCAUGCCCGCUUCUACCUUACCGUGGCAUGUCCAGCUGGGCCAUCCAACUUUGAAAAGCUGAACAUUCCCAAAAUGGACCAGCUUCUGGACUUUUGGAAUCUCAUGGCGUACGACUACGCAGGAUCCUGGGACCAAAGGGCCGGACAUCAAGCAAACUUGUUCCCAUCUCGAUCGCAGCCUCAGGUUACGCCGUUCAGCACAAUUGCCGCGAUCGAUCACUACACCCGCCAGGGCAUUCAUCCAUCGAAAAUAGUGCUGGGCAUGCCGUUGUAUGGACGAACCUUUGUUUCCACCCACGGACCUGGCCAUCCCUUCAACGGAGUAGGAGAAGGUAGCUGGGAACAAGGUGUUUGGGACUACAAAGCUCUCCCCAAACCAGGGCAUACCGAGUACCAUGAUCCCGAAAUUGGCGCGAGUUGGAGUUAUUGCCCAUCUACCCAGACGAUGAUCAGUUAUGACACACCGGCCUUGGAGGCUCAAAAGGCUGGAUUUGUUCGAGACCAUGGACUUGGCGGUGGUAUGUGGUGGGAAAGCUCAGCAGACAAACCGGCAGGCCAAGGCAGCCUUAUUGAGACUUUUCUCAUGCAUAGCGGAGGACGAGGUAGCAUGGAGGAAGUGCCAAACUGUCUAGAGUACCCAGAGAGCAAGUAUGAGAACUUGCGGAAACAGUUUGAGUGAAAUUUGUUGGCUGGCCAUGGGGCUGAGGCGGUUCACAAAGAGGUACCUUAUGAGCAGCUCCCUCUGCAUUAUAAUUUGCGGCUCCACGGCGCUGGGAGUACAAGUUGACCCAAAACUCGCAGUUAGUAGUUCGGUUCUGCCCGAGUUAUUAUUACGGGACGAGUAAUAAUCAUGGACUAAAAUUUAGGUACCACAGCGAUCUGGAGUUGUACCUGUACCUGAUCUUCUUGUCCUCCCUCGUUCCCGCUGUCACGAGC